UGGAGGGACUCCAAUGAGCCCUGGCGUGAAUUCCCUCGGCCGGUAGUGACGAAGAGCGAGCAAACCAAACAUUCAAGAAUUAUGGCGGCGUCCAUAGAGAGUCUGUUAACGGAGAUCUCCUCUUCUGAGGACCCGUUAGAAGCGCUCAGGAACCUCCGAACUGCCGUUUUAGCAACUCCUGUGAACAAUUUGCGAGGCCUAGGGUCUAGCUCUCGGUUGGAGGGGAUUUUUUCGCUUCUCAACACCACGGACAAGGAGCAGAUAGAGGUAUGUGUUGAGGUUCUGGGGCGGAUCCUGCAGGCCCAAGAUCCCGCCCUCUUGUUUCACGCGAGGAAGGCGGAGCUUGAGAGCGGCCUGGAACAUCCUGACGACACCGUCAAGCUUCUCACUCUGACACAGAUGGGCCGGGUGGUGCAGAAUGGAGAGGCUCUGACCCAGGUGCUGGCCUGUGAGGAGAUCAUGAAGAAAAUCAUCCAGUGCAUAGCUGCUGAGAAGAUCUCCGUUGCUAAAGAGGCCAUCUCUACUCUGGUGAAGCUUGCUCAGUCUAAGCCUGGUCUCGAUGCUCUGUUCUCCACUCACCUCACAGAGCUCAAAGACGUCAUGGCCACCAGUGACGUCAUCAGAUACAGAGUGUAUGAGUUAGUGGUGGAUCUGUGUUCUAUGUCUGCUGUGUCUCUGGGUUACUGUGCCAGCAGUGGCUUCAUCCCCCAGUUGCUGGAGGAGAUGACUGGAGACGACGUCCUGGUUAGGGUCACUGCAAUCGAGACGGUGACUCAUCUGGCGGAGAGCCAGCAUGGCCGUCACUACCUGGCCCAGCAGGGCACCAUGGAGCACAUCUCCAACAUGAUCAUUGGCGCGGAGUCUGACCCCUUCAGCAGCCUCUACAUGCCAGUCCUGGUGAAGUUCUUUGGGAAGCUGGCUCUGCUGGAGGGCCCCCAGCAGGUGUGUGAGUGUUACCCAGCCUUCCUCAGCACCGUGUACGACAUGCUGCUCGGGAGCGACCCCACACACACCAACGUCGCCCUCGACACAGUUGGAGCUCUGGGAGCCACAGUGGAGGGAAAGCAGGUCCUCCAUAAAACAGGUGAGAGGUUCAACGCUGUGUUGAGAAGGAUGAGUAAGAUUGCCAAUGAUGGCCCGACAGAUAUAAGGGCGCGAUGCCUGGACGCCAUUGCACUCCUCCUCUCUCUUCCUGCUGAGGAACAGACGGAAGAUCUGUGUGUUUUGUCAGAGACCUGGUUCUGCUCUCUGAGUUCUCAGCCGAUGGAAAUGUUCCGCAACAUCAGCACACAGCCCUUCCCUGAGCUGUACUGCGGUGCCCUACGUGUCUUCACUGCCAUUGGGGCUCAGGCUUGGGGCCAGAAGAUGAUGAUUCAGACCCCAGGCUUCUUGGAGUGGAUUGUGGACCGGUCAUCACGGACGACCAAAGAGGCGAAGGAUGCCAAGUUUGCCCUGGUGGGGGCGCUGGCGAGCUCGCCCACUACACAGGAAGUGCUCGGCUCCCACAACGCAUUGCGUCUCAGGACGUAUCUGAGGGAGGGCCCAUAUUACGUCAACGCGGUGGCCACUGUGAUGACAGAGGGGGCGGACUAAAAUGCACACACACCCACAUUCUAAUCAUUUCUGAAUAUUUGCUGAAUUAAUGCUGUUUUUCUAUUUCUCUAAUCUUUGUGUUUAAUAAAUGGUGUGUGUGUCUAAUAA